UCUCCAACUGCUCAGCAAGCAGAGAGUUGGCUUUGGACUACUCCGUAGGACAGGAGUGUUUCCGCUUUUAAUCCUUGUCAUGACUUCUACUCGUUUGAUAUGCUAGAUCUCUGACAUGGGAAUGCCAAUGGAUGACAUCCACGCUCCCACGGUGCCGUCCGGCCCCGUCUCCCGCCUGGGAGGAGAGCGAGAUAUAUCAAAGAUGAGCAUGCACGAGCUCUUCAAAGAAAAAGAACAGCUUGAAGUCGAACUAAAGGUCCUUAGUGAGGUUUUGCAGUCUCAUGGAGUGAAUAUGGAAACUCCUUUAACCACAUUUGACGGAUAUCCAAGAGAUGAUCUUGACAUUGCUCAGAUACGAUCGACCAGGGCGCGGAUUAUCUAUCUUCGGAACGACCACAAAGCAGUAAUGGCAAAGAUUGAACAAGUGGUACACGCGUAUUUUGCAGAUAUGAGAGAGCGCGAAGCCGGCGGUGAAGCGCCCGAAUCCUCGCAUGUGCCACCUGUUGGCCCAGAACUUUCAGAAGAGACGCCGUCGAACCAGAACGGGUUGGCAGAAACGCCUUUUGCUAGAGUCAACAGUGUGGCAGAAGGUAGCCCGGCCGCAGAGGCGGGCAUGAAAGUCGGUGAUAAAAUACGCGGCUUUGGGACUGUUAACUGGAUGAACCAUCAAGACCUCCGAAAGAUUUCGGAGGUGGUUCAAAACAGCGAAGAUAUUCCAAUAAUUGUCAGAGUCACAAGGAGUAGUGACUCCGGUCAAGGGCCCACCAACCUCAGUUUACGACUGACCCCUCGCCGUCACUGGGGAGGACGCGGUUUACUCGGAUGUCAUCUCGUUCCAUUAUGAACGGCACCAUUCCUUUCCAUUAAAUUUACGGCUGCCUGUGCGAAGGAUCGCAGAUUACGUUGAAACUUCUCCAAUGUGUCAUCAUGGCCGCAUGCUCUAUUAUAUCAAGUGAUUUCUCAACAUGACUCGGACAUUUAGGGAAGAGUUGGAGCCAUUCCGCACGCAGUUUACUGGCGACCUCCAAGGCUUCCAAGCCAAUGAUGGCGAGAGGAUGGCGAAUCAACGCCCGGCCUUGAAGCAAGCUCAUGCUUCCAUACUAGCAUUCGGCUGUGCAAGGCUGCCGCGGAGAUGUUUUUCUGACUCGUAGCCUGUAGCGACCAAGUUAUGUAGCAGAGUGUAUUUUCUAUUUACUCG